CUAGAAUGAUUGGAUUACAUUCGAAGAACAACAAAGAGAGGCGAGUAAGGGAUCACGAUGGAAAGGCAGCUAUGCAACCCCAAGAAUUGAUAGAAACUGUACAACUCUCCAAACGUGUUGCUGGUCACUCAAAGAAGGUAUCCACAUUUUCGGAACCUCUUCCUAGGAAGACGACCCAGUUUAAUGCCCCUCGAGAUUCUUUUUCACAACACAAAAGAGUAACUUCUAGUGGGCAGCAAUCACUUCAGCAUAAGAAAGAAAUCAUUGAGCAAGUGCGUAAGAGAAAUACACCCUCUUCGGCAGAUAUGGAAGAAGAUGAGAACCCCGAUAGUGGGGAAUAUAGUCUCUAUGAGUCGAGUGAUGAAGACCUUGUUGGAGAAGAAGUUGAAAAUGAAUCUGGACGAGAAGCUGAUAAUCCAACUGUACACAAUAAUGUUGUUAAUGUAGUGCAAAAGAGAACUAGGGGUCCUACAAGUUGCAUGGAGAUUCAUGCUGUUGAGAUGGACGAACGCCAUACUAUCACUGUUAACGAAUUCGGACAACCUAUUGGGGACGAUAAAAAGUUCAGCAGCUUUUUGGGGACCGUGGCACGAAAUAAUAAAUUUGCUCCAUUGAAUUAUAUUUCAUGGAAGGAUGUCCCGAUGGAGAAAAAAGAAGACAUAUGGAAUUAUGUAAAUGUAUGGUGCUGCUUUGGAUCUAUCUGAUAGUUAAUUAACAUAUUUUACUUUUAUGAUUAUGAGAUUUUGUUGUUUGUAGACCAAGUAUGUUGUUCCAACCACCUGUAAGAAGUGGGUUUUGGAGGCAGUGCACAGUGCAUGGAAGGGACAUAAGAGUAGGACAAAGACAUCAAUGAACAAGUAUGCAACAAGGAGGGAAAAAUUGGCGAAUAGGCCAAAAACAAUCCCGAUGGGAGUAAUGGAAGUUCUACUGGAUCACUGGGACAAGCCAGAAGUCAAGGUAAACUUUGUAUUAGACUUGGUUUGGCAUGUUUUCCUAUUUCCUUUAAUGUUUAUAUACAAUUUUUUUUUUUCCU